AUUUGGCCCCUUUUACCCAAAUAUCACAUCUUAAAUCCCAUGGAUUGUCAAGCAUUGCAGCAAAAUAUCAGGGAGAGCGGAUUUUGACAUUUUGGUGUAGGAUUAGGCUGGAUGUGAAGUCUAUGGAGGUUGGCGCUCCAUGGUCCAUGGGUGUGUGUGAGUGCGCUGGUGCCCGGGCUUGGUUGCUGGUAGCAGGGGUGGGUGCAGGGUCUGAUGUGGAGACUCAGUGUUUCCCCUGGUUCUCAGGAGGCUUUACUUGGUACACCUGCAGCCACUUGCUGCACUCUUGAUUGCAUGAGCAGAAGGCAGCUGUGGGUACCUAACAUGCCAAUCAACGAAUGACUGAGGAGCAGUACUUAACAGCCCAGGACCGGAGCGGACUUCUUUCCCCUCCACUGUUCACACGGUAAGUUGUGAAGCUCUUAUGCAUCACGCUGGGAAAUGGGGCUCUGUUCCUGGCUUUGAGAUAUUAACACAGCUCGUGUUAUCUUAUCUUAUUUUUCAGAUUCUCAUAUCAACAUGGCGCCCCCAAAGCAUAGUGUUUGUUGCCCACUCUGCCGUUCUGAAUUUACCUAUAUAGGCAGGCACCUAAGAAAUAGUCAUGGCAUUAAAAAUUCAAAAGAGCGAGAAAUAUUGAUCAAGUACAGUAGUGGGAGGGUCAAUAUUAGAAAAAUGCCCUGUCCAGUGGAGGGCUGCAGUUAUGCUAGCACAAGGCUGGACAGGCAUAUUGCUCAAGCUCACCCGGAGAUGGAGGGGGAGAGGAAAGCCCAGGUGAUAACCGAUUUGAAGUACCAGGUAACGGUGCACAUGCUGCGAGCGUUGAGCGCCACAAAUCCGAGCCCUCCGAUGGUCUCACGUUUACACAUGGACCCAAUAGCAAGAGAGGAAGCAAAUCGGUAUCAUCCAACAUCAGAACCCCUUGAUGACGAACCAUCGCCUUCAUCCUGCAACUCGUGCAAACAGCUUGAGGCAAAGAACCUGCAGCUUAUAUCCGACUUGGGGCAACUAAGAAAGAAAUUGCUGUACCAGCACAGAUGGGCUGAAAGGGCAAAAAAAACAAUCAAACGACUGGAAGAGGACCGCCAAAAGGCAUCCACAGCCCCGGUUCCAAGUGUGGACGUUGAUGCUCUGGUGAGGAGUGAAUCUUUCUCUCCUGAUGAACAGCAGCACAUCAACAGACCUAAGUCAAAGGGGGAAAGCCGGAGCACCCUCUGUUUGGCGAAAGCGUACCCCAAAUUCCCACCAAGCAUCUUGGAAUACAUCGCGGAAUAUUGGCAGCAUCUCAAAGGCUCCCGUGGUCUGAGGAAAAGGAUCGAAAAUCAAAGAUCCAAAGUGGGUAGAAUCAUGGCUUUCCUUUCGUUUAUAACCAAGGGACAGCCAAUCCUCCAGAAUUGGACUUUCCUUCACAAUAUGUCCAGGAUAUACCAGUGGCCAGAGCAUCUGCAGAAUGGUGGAAAAGCGGAGAACACAGUGAAGACCUACCUGGUGAAUUUGUCCCAGUUCCAGGGGUUCCAAAAAGAGAAGUGUUUGCCGUGA